AUGACUGACCAGGCUACCAAGUUAAUAACCCCUGAUCCUGCUGUUGUCACUCAUUUGGAUGAACUUCAAGCAAAGUGUCUGAUUCUCUAUGAUCUGUUCACCGCUUAUGGCAACUUUGAGUAUUUGGACAACAUCGAAAAGGCUGUAGCCUCAUCGCUUCCUGGCCCACCCUAUGGUCCACACACUAAGGACGACGGCGAAGCCACCUUCUUGGCCUUUGACCCUAAUAGUCCUCUCAAGAACCAGGAUGCUGCCAACCGGAUCAAAGAGAUGAGGCCACGCAUGCGACCAGGGAUUGACUGGCAACCCGAGCAUGUCAAAGCCGUCCACAAGGUGAUGUGCACUGGAAAGGCUGGCCAGUUUACACUCGGCGAGAAGAUUCCAUAUGGAUCGCUCGCCUUCUUUCUUCAUUAUUGCCAUGACAUAAUUGAAGUCCCUGUUGAGAAUGAGGCUCUCAUUGAGAAACACCUACACGCCGUCAACCUCCCUUACAGCAUUUUUGAUCUUAUCGAUUUCGGUCAGGAAGGGAAUAUUCCACUAGCCUUCCAGUUUCUAGUACAUCACAAAGUUCUCCUCGAAGCUAUACAGAGAGCGUCAUGGCGACUAGUGGAAUCGAUAGCACGGGAACAUGGUGGAGUUUUGAAGCAAAAGUUGUUUGACAAUCUCAAACGUCAUCUUAGCAUUACAUCAGACAGAUAG